CAGGAACACCAUACAUUUGUUGGGUCGUUUGUUGACGAAUUUCAGGUCUACGUAGUUUAUCCAUUUGCAAAUCGUUAUUUUACAAGAAGAAACAGCUGACUACAAAAAAAGAAACGGGUUUGAACGCUCAAUUUCAAAUUUGAAUACCUCCGUAGAGUUUAGGAGAAGGCCGCUGUUGUUGAGGGCAAUCAAAAUGAGAAACAAAGCGGGACAAGAAAAAACCCCUGCUUGUAUUUUCUUGUAAAAAAAAAAACAAUUAAAUACAUUGAAAAGAAACCGAUAAACUAUAUUGCCGCUGAUGGUAAGUGAUUCUGUCGCUCUAUUCACUUGCGCUCUACUCAUCGCAACACGAAGGGUUCAUGGCUACAAUCAAUUUUUUUUGUAUGCUUUUUUUAUAAACUGGUUUCAAUGCUUCCCUACUUUAAGUACGAUUUCUGUUAACUUGUUCACUUUUCUGCAUGACACUUGAAUGGAACGCAAGGGAUUGAAGGCCAUUAUUACACUUGAUAUCGAUUUUCUCUUGUGAGAUUCUUUGUUCUAUAUGAGGAUAACGAACUAAAAUUGCUUCCAUUUUGGAUCCUCAGCAGCCAAGGAAAAGCGACCGCUUAUUACCAAUGGAUAGAAUGAUCGGAAAGAGGAUGCAAGCCUUUUUAUUCAAAAAGAGAGCUAUAAAUGUCAAUAGUUACUCCCUUUUGUUCAUCAGCUUAGGAAUAAAAGCCAUUCAAUCGUGCCCAUUUAAUUAAGGAUCAUCUUUGCUUGAUUGAUAUUUAUCAAACGAAUCUCGGGUAUUGCGACGACACCUUUAAGUUUGUAUCUAAAAGGAUAAAGAUACAAGCUUUUCGUUUAUGUAUACUGCCGCUAAUCUUUUGUACUUGUCUUGGAUGCAAAAGAAAAGCAGUUGAAAGGAUAAUAAAGUAGACACUGUGGAUUGACCUGUUGCUGAAAGAUGUAUUGACACGUCUUUAUGGAAGAUCAAAGAAAGGUAUCGAGUAUUGUUACUACAGGAUAUGUAACACAGGAUGAGGAAAGACGAUGCUCAUAAACUUGAGUUCAGAUAUUCAAAACAGCUUAGAUUGAAAGAUUUCAAAAGAAGGAAUUUGCUUAAUCACAAAGGAAUCCAUAAGCCAAGGCGAACUAUAUUAUUGUAGAAGUAUGUUACACGUAUACAGAAAUGUAUGCAAUCUUAUUCGUAAAUGCUCUACCUAAUGGAACUACGGUUUUACUUUAUUCCACUUUUCUACAUUAAGUGAAUCUUUUUUCCUUGCUAUUCCAAGACGGAUCGCAGAGUUUACGAGAAUGCGAAUAUCCAGGAUGAUCUAACAAAACGCUUCAAAUCAUCCGUGAAUCAUUCCGUGGUAUAAAUGCUCUUAAUAGAGCAAAAAAGGAAAAAACAAGGCUACAACUAGAAAAUCUCUGAAUUUUCAUAUGCUUCCUUUUUGGAAUGAAUGAUGCUAAGAUUAUAUGCUUAUAAAGGGUUAAUAAUUAGAAUAUGCUUCUGCGGUCAGAAUGUUUAUAGACAAGGCAUAUUCAAAACGUUUAAGAAUAUCCUAAUACCACAACGCAUUCCAUAUAGCAUGAAAAAUGACAGCUAUAAGGACAAGAAUCACGGUUUCUGGGAGAGAAAAGAAGGCAUUACGAGCAUUCUAUUAUAAUCAAGCGAGAAAACCUACACAAGUUGAACUAGCGGAUUGGUUUAAAAGUGAAUUUGGAAAGCCAAUUGCUCAGUCAACUUUGUCGAGAAUUCUCUCGGACAGAUUUGCAUACUUAGACGAUACAGACCAAAACCUGCAUGCAAAACGAAAUCGCUCGCCAAAGUUUCCGGCUCUAGAGAAGGCACUGUAUGACUGGAUUCAAGAUUCUCACCUUACAAGGACGAAAGCUACAGGCGAUAUAUUAAAAGCAGCGGCAACAAAAUUAUGGAGCACCAUUCCCGAGUAUAAAGAAUCGCCUAUGCCAGAAUUCAGUAAUGGCUGGGUUGAAGGCUUUCGAAGACGAUACCUGGAGCGUGUGGACGAGCCUUCCGGGAGGGAAUAUCAUGUCAAUGUUGAGCAGCUUGGCGAAAGCAUGGUACGGAUACAAGAUGUUGCUAGCUUUUUUUCGAAAGAAAACAUAUUCAAUAUGGACGAAACUGGGCUAUUUUGGAAAUUGUUGCCUAACCAGGCCCCUUCUAUUGAAGAGACUGGACGUGCAAAGCGUUAUAAAGCUAAAAUAAGCAUCAUAAUGUGUGCAAAUGCAAAUGGAAGCGAAAAACUUCCUUUAUGGGUCAUUGGAUAUGCAAAGCGGCCAAGAGCUUUUCAUUUGACUGGUACAUAUCCUGAAAAUAUUGGUAUAAAUUGGCGCUGUUCUGGGAAAGCAUCUAUGACGAUUACGAUUAUGGAGGAAUGGCUUCGUUGGUUUGAUGCAAAAAUGGAAGGACGAAAGGUAUUAUUGAUUCUCGACAAUUACGAUGUUCACCGACUCGCCGUUGACAGCAUUCGUUGUUCUAGUCACUCCUUUCGAAACACCACAAUCGCCUUUCUUCCUUCUAAUUCAACCAAUGUUUACCAACCAUUUGAAUUGGGUGUUUUCUAUGCGUUUAAGGUCUUGUAUAGACUGCGGUGGACUCGUUAUUGGAGGACCCUUUUAUCAAAUGUACAGUCUCCACAAACAAAGAUAAAUCUCUUUUUGGCCAUGAAAUGGAUUGCUUCAUCGUGGGAAACCUCUUUGUCUGUAAGUGUGAUUGACCAUGCUUUUCGCCGGUCUGGAGUGCUUUACAUAGCCGAUGAGGAUGGAGCUGCGCUCCAGACACCUUUCAUGUCAAAUGAAGUAAAAGAAAUCGUUGAAUCGAUCGAAGCAGUACUCGGAAAAAUUGAAUUUAAGUUGGACAAUUACCUGAAUCCGUUUGAAGAAAGUCUAGCAGACGACAUGCAAAACAUAUCGGAUAACGCUACUGCUGCAGAGUUUUUAGAUGAUAAAGAUUUUGAGACAGAUGAAGAAGAACAAACUCUAUCUCCUAUACCCCACGAAAAAGCAUUCCAAGCUAUUCAGUUGCUCCUUCACUUUGAAGCUCAAAGGUCAAAUAGCGAUGAUACAAAAUACCCUCUGAUUGAAAAGCAUCUAUCCGUGAUUCAAAGUCGACUACAAGGAGAAAAUGCUACCAUGACGAAUCAACCAGCAAAUUUUUAAAGAUAUCUUCUUUUCCACCAUGAUGUAUAAUUAAUAAUAUCGGUUAUAAUGGAUGUCUAGGUUAAGGAGUAAUGUAUGAUGUGUUUCUAUUUUCAUUUCUUUUUCUUACGAGUAUCAAUUGUUUAUAUGUAAAUGAAGCUAUUGAAUACAAACUAUAUGUAGUGGAUGCUAUGCUAAGCAAAACAGAGUUUUUGUUCACAAGGGUGUCCAUCACCACAGAAAUUGUACCUUAUAUGAUUACUAAAGUCAAAAAAAAAGAAUUCAUAGUAUAAUUUUAUGUCGUUAAUCAAUAUUUCAA